UGUGUCGCUGUUGCCGGAAGCGAAGGUGCGUCGCCCAGGCCGGGCCUCUGCGUAAGGCCGAAGGACCCCCGGGCGCGUUGCUAAGGGCGACCGAGGUGCCGUUGCUGGGAUUUUCUGGGCCUGGCGGGAGAGAUGGGCGAGCCGGGCCCCGCCGCCGCCGCCGCCGCCUCGGCCAGAGCGCUGGUGCCAGUCCCGGCCGAGGCGGGCGCCGUGGCUGUGGUGAAGGAGGCGGCCCAGGAGGCCCCCAAGAGCAGCAAGAGGGUCCUGGACGAGGAGAGCUACAUCCAGGCGAGCGAGGGGAAUGGGAGCGGGGGUCUGGUGGGAGUGUGGGGGUCUGGCGGGGUGAGGGGUCCGGUGGGAGGGGGGGUCUGGUGGGGUGGGGGGUCCGGUGGGAGUGGGGGGGUCUGACGGGGUGGGGGGGUUCAGUGGGACGGGGGGUCUGGCGGGAUGAGGGGUCCGGUGGGAGGGGGGGGGGGUCUGGUGGGGUGAGGAGUCGGGUGGGGGGUCGGGGGUCCGGUGGCAGCGGGGGUUCAUUGGGAGUGGAGGGGUCUGGUGGGGUGGGGGGUCUGGCGGAGUAGGGGUGCCUGGCAGGGUGAGGGUACCACUGUAUGCAGUUUUGACCAUUGAAGAGAUGCCUGGCACGUAACCGCUGUGUAAGUUGCAGGCCUUCUCUCUCUCUCUCUCUCUCUCUCUGUAUACAUUAUAUUUUUUCCCUUGCCAAGCCUACAUCACAGGGUUGUUGUUAUUAUGCUUACUGUAUUUAUAUUCCACCCGUUAACUGAAGAUCCCUGUGGGUUUUUUGUUUUCGCAACAACACAAUGGUGUGGGAAAGCAGUUUGGACAUGGGUGGGUUGGGCAGGUCCUUGGUGGGAUGUUUAAUGUAUUGAAAAUAAAUAAAAUUAAAUAAAUACAUACACUAGAAGGGUGGUAAGGAAGGGAGCAUUGCAGAACAACUGACAGACGUUGGACUUGGACCUUCAGGUGUUGGCUUGCUUUAGAAGCAAUAUCCUGCACAUACAGUGGUACCUCGGGUUAAGUACUUAAUUCGUUCCGGAGGUCCGUUAUUAACCUGAAACUGUUCUUAACCUGAAGCACCACUUUAACUAAUGGGGCCUCCUGCUGCUGCCGCGCCGCCGGAGCACGAUUUCUGUUCUCAUCCUGAAGCAAAGUUCUUAACCUGAGGUACUAUUUCUGGGUUAGCGGAGUCUGUAACCUGAAGUGUAUGUAACCUGAAGCAUAUGUAACCCCGAGGUACCACUGUAUUUCUUUAGAAGAUAAAUAAGUAAAUCUGGGUGAUGCCAACAGACAGACUUUAUAAAGUCAUAAGUCUGCUCGUCAUGAUGGCUGUUUUCUAUCUCCACUGGUGACGGUGGUUACAUUACAGUGGUGCCUCGCAAGACGAAAUUAAUUCGUUCCGCAAGUUUUUUCUUCUUGCGAGUUUUUCGUCUUGCGAUGCACGGUUUCCCAUAGGAAUGCAUUGAAAAUCAAUUAAUGCGUUCCUAGGAGACCGACUUCAGACCAGGUCCGGGGACAGUCUGUCCCCCGACCUCUUCUGAAGGCUGGGGGGACAAGGGCUUUCUUCCCACCCACCCCAGCAUUUUAAAAACCCGGGACAGCGGAGGGCUUCUCCGCUGUCCGGGGCGAUCUUAAAAUGCUGGCGGGCGGCAUUUAAAAUUGCCCCGGGACAGCGGAGGACUUCUCCGCUGUCCGGGGCAAUUUAAAGCCCCUGGGAAGGCAGGCAGGGGGACAAAGACUUUGCCCCCGCCAGCCUUCAGAAGAGGUCCUGGACCUCUUCUGAAGGUUGGCGGGGGCGAAAGUCUUGUCCCCCACCUGCCUUCAAAAGCUGUCCAGCCAAGGCUUCGCGGACCUCUCCGCAAGCAGCGGCAGCACUGCCGCUGCUUGCGGAGAGUUGCCGGCAUGCCGAAGCCUGCGCGCGCUGAGAUCAGCGCGCCCAGGCUUCGCGGACCUCUCCGCGAGCAGCGGCAGCGCUGCCGCUGCUUGCGGAGAGUUGCCGGCAUGCCGAAGCCUGCGCGCGCUGAGAUCAGCGCGCCCAGGCUCCGCGGACCUCUCCGCGAGCAGCGGCAGCGCUGCCGCUGCUUGCGGAGAGUUGCCGGCAUGCCGAAGCCUGCGCGCGCUGAGAUCAGCGCGCCCAGGCUUCGCGGACCUCUCCGCGAGCAGCGGCAGCGCUGCCGCUGCUUGCGGAGAGUUGCCGGCAUGCCGAAGCCUGCGCGCGCUGAGAUCAGCGCGCCCAGGCUCCGCGGACCUCUCCGCGAGCAGCGGCAGCGCUGCCGCUGCUUGCGGAGAGUUGCCGGCAUGCCGAAGCCUGCGCGCGCUGAGAUCAGCGCGCCCAGGCUCGCGGACCUCUCCGCGAGCAGCGGCAGCGCUGCCGCUGCUUGCGGAGAGUUGCCGGCAUGCCGAAGCCUGCGCGCGCUGAGAUCAGCGCGCCCAGGCUCGCGGACCUCUCCGCGAGCAGCGGCAGCGCUGCCGCUGCUUGCGGAGAGUUGCCGGCAUGCCGAAGCCUGCGCGCGCUGAGAUCAGCGCGCCCAGGCUUCGCGGACCUCUCCUGCCUUCAAAAGCCGUCCGGGAUAGCGGGAAGCGCUUCCCUGCUAUCCCGGACUGCUUUUAAAAUGCUGGCGGUGGGGAGCAAAGCCGUUAGGCCCCCGCCAGCCUUCCUGGUCCACUUGAGAAGGCCGGAGGGGGAAGGCUUUGCUCCCACCGCUAGCAUUUAAAAGAGGUCCCGGAGAUUUCCCUAUGGGCUUUCGUCUUGCGAAGCAAGCCCAUAGGAAAUUCGUUUGCUGAAGCGCCUCCAAAACGGAAAACCCUUUCGUCUAGCGGGUUUUCCGUCUUGCGAGGCGUUCGUCUUGCGGGGCACCACUGUAAUUUAGGCCAGCUGAGUUUUGGAUCAAAACCUUUGUUUCUUGGGGUGCAAAACAAGGCAUUUAUUUAUUUAUUCAUUUGAAUUUAUAUGACGCCCUAUACCUGCAGGUCUCGGGGUAGUUUCUCAGGUACCUUGUAAGAUGGAAUACAUUGCUAAGGUGUCACAGCACAUGGGUUGAAGUUUUGACAGGCCUGGGCCAGCAAGCCGCUUUACUUAAGCUAAAUUUCUGAGGAUCCUGCCACGCAGACCACAAAAUUAGAUUAUGUGUUCCUUUAAUUUUUUUAUUUUCCUCCUACCCUGAAACAUUGUUAAUUUGGUGUUUUGCAGAGCCUGGAGAAAAUCAUUCAAAGGGACUUUUUCCCUGACGUUGAGAAAUUGCGUGCUCAGAAGGACUAUCUAGAUGCUGAAGAAAGUGGUGAUUUGGAGAAAAUGAGGCAGAUAGCCAUCAAAUUUGGCUCUUCCUUGGGGAGAACUUCCAAAGACACCCCUGCACCAUGUAAGAAUUUAUUUGGAUCCUGAUCCUUGGAUUAUUGGUGUUGUUUGUCAUAGAGUUUUGAACAUGUUCCUUUGUCAUUUUGGGGGUGUCUUUAUGAUUUGCAAAGAAUACCCAGUAGAGCAAUUUUAUAUGCAUUGCCAAAACCUAAUAUAAUGCUGCUGACGGGGCCAGAAUACUCUUUGGGGUUUUUUGCAUGGUUUUUUUCUUUUUCAUUUCAGUCUUUUCUGUUUCUCGAAAUAGUUAGAGGCAGCAUUUAUGGAACCUUUGGCCCUACAAGUGUUGCUGAUCUACAGCUCCCAUCAGCAAGUGUGGCCAGGGGUGAUGGGAUUUGUAGUCCAGCAACAUCUGGUGGGCCAAAGGUUCCCUACACGUGAUAUAUGAUAUCCCCCUUUUAUCCUGUGAGGUAAUUAGGUGGAUGGGGGUUGUGUUAAUCAAAUACACACACUAUACUUUGUGGCUCAGUGGAUAUUUGAACCGGUGCCUUGUCUAUGCUGGCUCUCAGAACAAUACAUUCCUAAGUCAUUGCUUUUUCAAAAAUGCUUUUGAACAGAUGUUACUCCAGCCACGUUUGAAACGCCCGAGGUUCAUCCCGGUGACCCCUCCACAUUGAAUAAACCCAAGCUCCCAGUAAAAACUACAGAGGAAGGUAAGAAAUUCUCAUUUUGCUUGUUUGGGUUGUUCUAUAUGUUGCUGUUUGGUUUCAGGGCUGAGAAGAAUGUGAAACAAUUCCUCCUGGUAUCCUUAGCAUUAAAAAUUGGGGGAGGGGGUGCAGUUUGGUGAUAUAAGAGCACAUGGUUUACACGCAAAAAGAUCUCAGGUUCAAUCCCUGUCAUCUCUAGUUGUAUUGUGUCGUAGCUUCUGGUAUCCUCAUUGGUGCCUUGUUUAAAGGCAUGGGGAAAUCCAUCAUUUGAAGGACUGAGGCAGGACUUCAAAGUCUUACCUGUGUUUGCUUCCUCCCCCCUUUCCUAAAGGUGAAACGGAGGAAGAAGAGAGCAAAGAUGCUCUGCCCAGCCUGGACAGCUUCUUGGCAAAACACACCAGCGAGGAUAACGCUUCUUUUGAGCAGAUCAUGGACGUGGCAGAAGAGAAGGAGAGAGCCAGGCAUUCAUGGCUCUACGAUGCAGAAGAGGAAUUUGCCCAGGUGCGGGAAAGAGCUUUGUGUAUCUCCAUUAUUUAAAUAGCUCCAUGUAGGAGACUGAUCUUCCAUUGGUAAGAGAGGUCCACCAACAAAGCCCUCCCUUAAGACUUUUAGAUUGCGUUCUCUUCUGAAAUGAUCACCUAUGGUCCUGAAGCAUAUGCAGCAAGCUCACUCUAGCCAAGCAAUCUGGUCAUGGUGAAGUGCUUGGGGCCUGUAGAUGAACCGGUAUGUGCCAUACACACACUCUUGACUUCUAAUGGGAAAAAAUGAGGUUAAGCCAUGUUUCGACACCAACCGUUACACAAAGUAAUAUAGUAAGGCAUGCAUAUCUUACACCGUAUUUUUCGCUCUAUAAGACGCACUUUUUCCCCUUCAAAAAUUAAGGGGAAAUGUGUGUACGUCUUAUGGAGCGAAUGCAGGCUCCUUGGCUUCAGCGAUAGCAACGCAAAGCCUCCGGAGUGCAGAGGGAGGCUGUGCUCCGGGGGCUUCAGGCAGAUACCCGCAAGCCUUCGGAGUGCAGCGAGAACUCCUGCUGUGCUCCGAAGGCUUGCGGAUAGCCGCCUGAAGCCUGGAGAGCAAGAGGGGUUGCUGGAGAGGCACUGCACAGUUUUCCCUCUCUGCGCAGCACCCCUUCAGUGAAGCGGAAGGAGAAAUGGAAGGGGCUCCAUUUCUCUUGCCGCUUCGCUGAAGGGGCGCUGAGAAGAGAGGGGGAGAAUUUUUUUCCCCCUGUUCUCCCCCUCCUAUGGUCCGAUGCGUCCUAUAGAGCGAAAAAUACGGUAAUUAUUAUAAGAUAAUUAUAUACUCCCCAAGUAAAUUGCAGGCCCACUUAAUUUGCACCUUUUCACUCUUAUGUACUACCGUUUGUGCCCAUCACUAAAGAUCUCUGUCAAAUCUGUUUCAGCGGCACCAGGAGCAGCUGGCACUUCCGUCAGCAGAAGAGCAGCAGGCCCUGGCGAAUGGGAAAGCUGGGGUGGAGACAUGGGAGUACAAGGCUAAGAAUUCCCUCAUGUAUUACCCACCAGGUGAGCUCAGUGAUGUCGCAAGAGUCUCCAGCAAAUGGAGACAGCCAAAUGGACCAAUAGCUGUAAGUGUGUGUUUGUAUGUGUACACACACACACGCCAGACAGGAUUCUCUGCAUCUUCUUCCCUGUGUGUCUUCUCAUAUUUCCAUACCUUUUCAGAAUUAAUAAUUUUGUUGGGCCUAAUUGGUCAUUGCUGCCUUUGAGGUGCUCUUUCUGAGUUCUAAUAUUAUGGGUUGGGGGGGGGAUACUGAUUCAUUCCCUGCACCAUUGAGAGAUGAGCAUGGACGUGUAAUUGUGAGAAAACUCAUCCUCUAUUCUUCAAUUUGAGUUUUCACUCUUGACUUACGGGAGUACAGUUUUCUUUUAAAAUUGCAAAUGGCAAGACUUUUGUUUGCUGCUUUGAUAUCAGGCCUCUGGUCUGAUGCUAAUGUUCUGCCUUUUCCAGGUGUUCCCGAAGAGGAGAAUGUGUUUAAAAAGCCACGGGAAGUUGUCCACAGAAACACCCGUUUCCUGAAGGAUCCGUUCAGCCAAGCCUUGAGCAAAUCCCAGCUCCAACAGGCAGCAGCCCUCAAUGCUCAGGUUAGAGAGCUGAUUUAACUUUCCCACAUCCUCUUUAUUUGAAAUCGGUGUGUUUCCUCUACUUACAGAUGGAUACAUUUAAAAUUAUAUAUUCCACCCACCCCCCAUACAUGCAGCUGAGGGAAAAUUCUACCCUUACUAGCUUUAAGCAGAGCAUCUUUAAAGUCUUUCAAUUGAUUAAAUGCAAUUUUAAAUAGGAAAGAGAAGGCUGGUGAGUUCCAGUGGAGAGAGCCUCUUGCAGAAGACUUUGCAUUACUGUAUUUUAAUAUUUGGUAGGAAGCCACCCAGAGUGGCUGGGGAAGCCCAGCCAGAUGGGCGGGGUAUAAAUAAUAAUAAUAAUAAUAAUAAUAAUAAUAAUAAUAAUCGGUGGAGGAAGAUUGGAAGAAAUUCAAAGAUUAUCUACAGAAACACUGUAAAAUUAAAGAAUGCUAGAGUGAUGUUGGAUGGAAAAUAAGUGGUUUCCAGCUGUACAGGAUUUAAAGUUAUAGAUAGAUUAAGAUUAAAGAUUAGGAUUAAAGAAGUUUAAGGAAAUGGAAACUUGGUAUUUUAAGAGGUAAAAUUUUAAUGCUAUAUUAUAUUAAAGAUUAAAGAUUGGGAUUAAAAAAGUGGAAAAGAAAUUGCUGGACAAACAAUUUGGACUGGAAUACAAAAGAGGGAGGUAUGAGGAGGUCCAGAAAAUAAGUAAAUUUAAACAAGGAAAUGAAAAGGUGAGUGGUUUUAAGUGUUCGGUUUCUUUUUUCGUUUUUUUGUUCUCUGUGGUUUUUUUUUUUUUCCUCUUCUUUGGAUUAUGUACUGUGUAUUUGUGUAUUUCUUUUUUAUGUUUUUCUGUUUAAUCUUUUACUGAAAACUUAAUAAAAAUUAUUUAUAAUAAUAAUAAUAAUAAUAAUAAUAAUAAUAAUAAUUUGCUAUCCUCUGUUUAUAUUGACCGUCAGUGGUUGCAUUUGCAUUUUGCAUAAAACCAUGUUGAAUGAACAGGAGGUAACCACAGCAAGCAAUGGAUGCGAACACCUUUGCUCCUUGUUCAGCUGCGAGGAUGACUUUGAAAGCUUUUACUCCUCCCCUAUUAAUCACAGCUUGCCAUAUCACCCAGACAGGGGAUCAUGAUCAGUUGCAAAACAAGCCAGCUUCAGAUGUGGGUGUUGAAGGUGACUUGAUUACAACUAUUGUAUUGUAUUUAGUGCAUUUCUAUACUUCUCAGUUGUUGGCCUUUGUCAGUGAUGUACAUAAAAAUUAACCAUGCAGAGAGUAAAUCAAUAAAAAUCAUAAAACCAAACAGAAAUGCAAACACUACCUUUUAAUGCCUGCUUGAAUAAGAAAGCCUCUGUCGUGCAUCUUAAGUUCAGCCAGCCAGGAGAGCACCUGUCUAAUUCAGUUUGGAGGGAGUUGCAAGGCUUAUGAGCCGAGCAGUUCAGCCACAGGGGACCUCCAGCUGAGACUCCCCCAAGGAUUUUAGUGAUUAGACAGGGAUAAAAAGGAUCAGUCUGUUCUUAACAUAUCCUGGACUAAGUUGCUAAAGGGCCUUGUAAAUGAAUACAAGAACCUCAAAUCUGGCUCAGAAACAUUAAACCACAAUUCCUUGUCUGGAUGACAGAAAAAGCUAGGUUUAAGUAAAACCUAUGAGUAAAAGCUUUUGAAGUCUCUCUGCCAGCCAUCGAGAGGGGGAGUGUGUGAUCCGAAGGAUUGUUGUGGAUCUUCCUUGCUUAUGUGCAGCGUGCUAAAUCUUGGUUUAGCAUCAGGUGCAAAUAUGACCAGUGAAGUAUAUUGCCAAACAUUAUAAAAUAAAUGAUCAAGUAUCAGUUUAAGACAAAAAAGAAGAUUUUUUUAUUGAAGGUGGGGAGGGGGGAGCUUGAUGCAUGAUCUGCCUUAGAGGAGUUAAAGAGUGAGAGCCUAUGUACUAGAUGGUUCAGGAUUAAGUGGUAUAAAUAUUUGAAAUAAUUUUUUUAGAAAAUUAUAAAAUGUUAAGCAAGCUUUUUGGAUCUGUGUAAGCAAUUGUUACCAAACUUCUCUUUUUUUCCUUUGCGAAAUCUAGUACAAGCAGGGUAAAGUAGGUCCUGAUGGGAAGGAGCUCAUACCCCAGGAAUCUCCAAAGGUCAAUGGAUAUGGAUUUGUGGCCACACCCUCCCCAGCUCCCGGUAAGAAGAGGCGGGCGGGGAAUACCGAGAAUUGUGUUGUAGAAAAAUAAAUUAACUUGCAGUUAGACAAGGCAAAACUGAUAUUUUAUUUGCAAAUGUGACUGAAUGCUUAGCCCCCCGAGUCCACAAAACCUUGUUCAUUGGGAAAGGGCAGUUUAAGCCACAGGAGCUAAUUCUGCAGGGUUAUGGGGAAGAAAGCAUAGCUUUCUAACAGGCUGAAGCAAGGGGGUGGCUCAUGGAGUAAAUAAUUACAUUAUGAUUCCUGGCAUUGGCUAGUAAUACUGAGCACAUAGUGGAGAGUGUUUGUGGGCAGUCCGCUAAGGUAUGGAGGGGAGAGGGUGCCUGUCCCUUUAACUCUUUAUUAAAAGGUAAAGGGACUCCUGACCAUUAGGUCCAGUCGUGGACAACUCUGGGGUUGCGGCGCUCAUCUCACUCUAUAGGCCGAGGGAGCCAGCGUUUGUCUGCAGACAGCUUCCAGGUCACGUGGCCAGCAUGACUAAGCCGCUUCUGGCGAACCAGAGCAGGGCAUGGAAACGCUGUUUACCUUCCCACUGCAGCAGUACCUAUUUAUCUACUUGCACUUUGACGUGCUUUCAAACUGCUAGGUGGGCAGGAGCUGGGACCGAACAACGGGAGCUCACCCCAUCGCAGGGAUUCGAACUGCCGACCUUCUGAUUGGCAAGCCCUAGGCUCUGUGGUUUAGACUUUAUUACUGACCCGCUUAGCUAGGGUCAGGCUGCAUAGCAAUUGGGGAACCACGAUUUGCCCCCCCCCAAAGGUAGUUCCUGUGGAUUUAAUUGAAGGCCACCACGACUGCAGUUCAAGCUAUAACUGGCAAUAUUUAAGCAACGAGCCUGCCAUCAGUCCGUCUCAUUAGACUUAACUUGUGAAACUCUAUUCAUAGGUGUGAACGACUCCCCUCUUAUGACAUGGGGUGAGAUUGAAAGCACCCCUUUGAGGUUAGAAGGCUCAGACACACCGUAUGUAGACAGGACCCCUGGACCAGCCUUCAAGGUAUUUAACGGGCGAGGUUCUCAGAACAUUGUCUGCUGUUCAAACUGGGUGGAGCCUGGCUGCACAAAUGAGGUUGUAGCUUCCGGCUGGGGGGGUGGGGUGGGAGAAGUUGGCUGAAAUAGCAUGCCGGGUACAGCAAUUGCCACUUGGGCAUCAGAAACUGUUCUAGCCUCGGGCAUAUUAAAGCCCAGCUCUGAGUGUGCACCAGUGGGAACAAAGUGACAAAGGCAGUGGGGAAUUAAUUUGUGGGUCUUCUCCUGUCACCCACUUCCUAUGGUGAAGGUGAGGGAAUCUUGAUGCCUGGUGUUUCUUUUCCCUGGUUCAACCCCAUCACCCACUGCAGAGUCAUCUGGGCCCAAAAGGCUUUAGAGCUCUUCUGCUGCAUUUGCUGUGAUAAAUGGGCAAAAAAGUGAAGAAGAAAUGCGUGUCUCCUAGCAGUCAAAAUUGCAUGCAGUGGGAGGGCAUUGAUGGACGGCAGUUAUUAUUAAAGCUAUCCAGCACAUCCAUCCAGCACAUCCAAGUUUAGAGAUCAGUGUUUCAUCUUUGCCCUUGAUGUGUCUUUUCUGUAAAAAAACCCCACCAGUAUACUUCUUGCAAAAGCGAAGCAACUCUAAGAAGGUGGCUCAGAUAGAGAGUGUUUCGGUUUUGCACUCUUGGGUAUUUUUGCAGUUAAGUGAGAAGGGCUGUGUGUGCAGAUUUCUGUUUCUGCUUCAGGGCGACAUACUAAGUUCUCACCAUCACGUACUUGCCCAGUUGCCCGGUAGGUAGGUCAGGCUGAGAGAUGGUGUCCAACCUCAGAUCACCCAGUGAGCUUUGUCUCAUACCUGGAAUUAUAACCUGGGUCUCUCUGAACCAAUCCAUUACUCUAGCCCAGGGGUAGCUGACAAGAUGCCCUCUGGAUGGUGGACUCCAACUCCCAUAAGUCCUAAAUAGCAUAACUCAGUUGUUGAGGAUGAUGGGAGUUGUAGUCAGGCAACAUCUAGAGAGCCACAGGUUCCCCUACCCCAGUCCUAGACUCUAAGGUCUCUUACUGCCCUAGUUUGAGUAGCACUGUUGAAGAGUUUAGAGCACAAGGUGUAGAGCUUCUGUGUUUGUCCUGGAAAUGUUCAAUGCAGGGAUGGGAGGUGGAAUCCAAUAACAUCCAUAGGUUCCCCACCUCUGGCUACAUUUCUUUCAUAGCAAAAGCACAAGUGAGCAAUGAACCUAUGGCUGGAAGGAUAAGUUUCUCAUGUAGUACCGGUAAACCCUGGUCUUUUCCCAGAUCCUGGAGCCUGGUCGCAGAGAGAGGCUAGGGCUUAAGAUGGCCAACGAGGCAGCUGCUAAGAACCGAGCAAAAAAGCAGGAAGCUUUAAGAAGAGUCACAGAGAACCUCGCCAGGUGAGACUUUGCUAAAAUCAGGGGCCUCUUUUCCAAAAAUCUAACUGCAGCAUUCAAGAGGAAAAACACACUGGGAGGAAAACAGGAAGACUUGGCAUUUUUAGAGCAUCAGAAUGGCUAACCUGAAUUUUGGAUGUUGAUUUUUAGAAGCAAAGAAAUUGGAUGUCUUAGCUUAGUGGUAGACAUUGAAUGCUCUGCUUCAUCUGUUCUUCAGGUACCUUUUUGGUAGCCAGCGCUAUGUCUGGGAGGUAAACAAUCCUCUUUUCUGUGUACAGUGGUGCCCCGCAAGACGAAUGCCUCGCAAGACGGAAAACCCGCUAGACGAAAGGGUUUUCCGUUUUUUAGUUGCUUCGCAGGACGAAUUUCCCUAUGGGCUUGCUUCGCAAGACGAAAAUGUCUUGCGAGUCUUGAGAUUUUUUUCCGCUUUCCCCCCCUUUAUCUAAGCCGCUAAGCCUUUAAUAGCCUUUUAGCAGCUAAUCUGAUAAGCCAAUAAGCCUUUAAUAGCCGCUAAACCGCUAAUAGCGCUAAUCCGUUAAGCCGCUAAUAGGGUUGCUUCGCAAGACGAAAAAACCGCUAGACGAAGACUCUCGCGGAACGGAUUAAUUUCGUCUUGUGAGGCACCACUGUACUGUGUGAAUUGUAGUUCUGUGUGAAUAGGAGGUCUCCUAACAACUCUCAGCAGCCUCUGGAGGAAGCCAUGACUGUUUAAAGCAGUGCCAUGAUGCUUUUACAUGGAUAUUGCAGAUAGAGCCUUACAUAGUCACAAUCAACCAAUGCAAGUCGUCUCUUAUCUAAAAUUAUUAUUAGUUUUAUUUUAAAAACCCAUGUGUUUCUUCUUCUUCUUCUGUUUCUUCUAGUCUUACUCCCAAAGGACUAAACCCAGUGAUGUCACCAGCCAUGCAACGCUUAGUAAACAGGACUGCCAGCAAAUUCACAGACAAAGCCCUCCGAGCCAGCUACACCCCAUCCCCUGCACACCUGAGCACACCUGGCUACAAGACCCCGGCAGGUGGGCCGCAGACACCCACUGUCACCCCAACUUCCAGGACAGCGUCUCAAACACCAGAGACUCAGGACCCCACCUCAAUCACGGACAAUCUGCUGCAGCUGCCUAAAAGACGCAAAGCCUCAGAUUUUUUCUGAGGAACGGCAUCGCUCUUUCUCCUCUGCCGGGCCCUGCAUAGCAGAGUAUGCGGAUAUAGCAGACAAAAUAGACACAGUAGCGACAAGAAGGGCUGCCCAGAUUUUCAGGAUUGUGUCUGCCCUCCAAACCUGUGUUGCUGCUGCACAUUUGUCAGCUGCAAGGAGUAACACAGGUAGAAGAAGCCUUUUUUGGCCAGGCAUCGGGUUUGAUCUUUGUCGCCUUCUGUGCUACAUGAGCCCAGGAGCCAAGGAAAGAAAGACUGUAGUUGAAAUGAUGUAUGUGACACAAGCCUUUCUAAAGCAUUUUGGGCGAUUUUACAAAGGGGACCUUGUUUGCGUUUGGGUGCCUCUGAUUCUGUCUGUACAGGCGUAUGCUUUUAUUUAUUGAACACAGAAAGCCUUUGGAUAAAGACUCGGCACAAAUCUGAAUCGAGGGUAUGCCUGCGGCUCUCAACAUCACAGUUGGAAAAAUUCUGAUGAAUAUAUGAGAGCCACUUUCCAGCUUUACAUUAUUCAUCCAGGGAAUGACUUUCAGGCUGCUUCUCAGUGGCAUGUGUCAUUUGGCAGAUGUGGAGAAUUGGGAUAUCUGCUUGGGAGGGCCAGAGCUUUUGCUCUCAAGGUGCCUACAGGAAGCCUGGCUUUGGUUAUGGGAUGUGUAAGCGUGAUAUCCCACAAAGCUGGAAAAGGUUGGCUUUAUUUUUAAAAAUAGUAAUUUAUUUUUGUAUAUUUUGCUCUUCUACCAGCAGUAUCCAGAGCAGCAUACAACACACUUGGUAAAGCAUAUAGUAGAUAAUCAAUAAAAAACUACAUGUACAACUGAAGAACUGUGUGUAAAAGUAAUAAGAACAGAAAACCUAAAUAAAAAAGCCAACAGCAGCAGCAGAGGUAAAACAUAUUGGAAGUUUAAACUGGGAGCAGUAUUAGGAAGUGUUAAUACAUUGAAUCUUCAGGGAAAUGUGCUUUCAGCUCACAAAGUGGGAGCCUGAUUAAUUUUGGGAUUGGCAAAGUAUGCCAGAGUCUGGCUAUUUCUGUAGCCUUCAAAUGUCAUUGGACUCCAGCCCCCAGCACCCUUGACCAUUGGAUAUGCUGGCUGGGGCUGAUGGGAGUUGGAGUCUUAACAACAUUUGGAAGGCCCCGGGUUGGCCAUCCCUCUACCACAGGGAAGGCUUUCCAGGCAAUGGAGUUCUGGUCUUAGAAAGCCAUUUAGUCACUUUGUCUCGGAACCAAUAAGUCAUUGUGUGUUAAUGAUUUCCGGUGUGCAGAGAUGGGUGGCGCUUGGAAUUCACUGCACCACUUGUCUAUAUCAGAAGAACAUAAGAAGGGCUAGGCUGGAUCAGGCCAAUGGUCUGUCUAGUCAGCAUCCUGUUCUCACAGUGGCCACCCAGAUGCCUUUGGGAAGCCUACAAACAGGACCCGAGCACAAGAGCUCUCACUUUUCUGGUUUUUAGCAACUGGAAUUCUAAAGCAUUUCGGCUUCCAAAUGUGGAGGAAGAGUAUAGCCAUCAUGUCUAUUAGCCCUUGACAGCCCUCUCAAUGAAUUUGUCUACUAUUCUACAGUCAUUUGUCGAUGGCCAUCACUGCCUCUUGUGGGAGCGAGUUCCAUUGUUUAACUAUGCGCUGUGUGAAAAACCUCCUUUUAUGUGUUGUGAAUUUUCUAACUGUUGAGUUUCUUUGUCUUAUGAGUUCUAGUGCUAUGAGAGAGGGAGAAAAAAACUUCUUUAUCCAUUUUCUCCACGCCGUGCAUCAUUUUAUAAACUUUGGUCAUGUCACCUCUU